AUCCGCCAUUUGUGAGAUUGGAAACGUUCGUCCACCAACGACCUCGCUUCUAGAAACUUUCUUCGAUUGAAAUUUCGUCUCGUCUCUACGUAUUCGUAGUAAAAAUUAUUCGUCGAAUGUGGUAAGGUUUUAGAAAUCCAGGAUUCUGGCUGUAAAAUGGCGGACGAAGCACAAAACACCCCUCAACAGGAUGUCAUCGCAGAAGAGUACAUGUCCUCCUUGGCUGAUUUGACGGUGAAUAGCAAGCCCCUCAUCAAUAUGUUGACCAUGCUGGCCGAGGAGAAUGUUGAGUCCGCCCCAACAAUCGUCAAAGUUAUUGAAAAACAUCUAUCACAGGUGAAGCCGGAGAUGAAGUUGCCUGUGCUCUACUUGGUGGAUUCUAUAGUGAAGAAUUAUGGCCGCGCUUACACACAGCUCUUCACGCAGAACAUCGUGUCUUCUUUUUGCAGUGUCUUUGAAAAGGUGGAAGAAUCUACGCGUGCAUCGAUGUUUAAACUGCGCCAGACGUGGUCGGACGUGUUCCCACCUAAAAAACUUUAUGCCUUGGACGUCCGAGUCAAAUCAAUAGAUCCUGCGUGGCCCGUCACUGCACCGCUGCCCACAAGUAUCCAUCUAAAUCCAGCGUUCUUACCGAAGGAGGAACGCGUGGGAUAUAAACCCAAUUCAACUAAAAAGUCCGGUACAAGCAAUGUUGCAAAGCCCGCCAAGCCAGCGGCUAAGGUAGUACAACCAGUAGUCACACCACCUGUGCCUGCUAGUGACCUUUGCGAAACGGAAAUGCGCGAAAGUCUCCUCAAAAAACAAAAGGAACUGCUUGAACUCCAGCAAAAGAAACUAGAAAUUGAGUUGCUGCAAACGAAAGCUAGACUACAGCAACAACAGAUACAACUCAUUCAAACGGUUAACCAGACACCACCGGAUGUAGUUACAGGACUCCCCAUUCCAGAAGAGACUUCAGCAUUCUUUGCUCCGAGUCCGUUAGCUGAAACUAUUCUGCCGCUUGCGCCGUCAUCCGAAGUUUUCUCUGUCCCAGAACCGAUGGAAUUGGCCAUGACGCCUCCCGAUUUGAAUAUGGAAGAGCUAAUUAUUACUCAAAUCCCUCAACCCCCACCCAUCAGCCAUUCGAUGGGAUUGAACAAUCGUUCCAGCCGAUCCCCAGAAAAGAAAGCUGAGGCCAAAAAGGAGAAAAAGGACAGAGACAAGGAUCGAGAUAAGGAGCCUGGACGAAAAAAAUCCCGAAAAGAUUCCGGUCCGGACGAUGGUCGACCCAAAUCCAAGGAUUCAGUUCGCGCUCGUAAAGGCAAGGAACAACAACAUCCAGAGACUGUGGUCGUGUUAGAUGCAGAUCCUGUCAAGGGCACGUCUGGUGAAGACGAGGUGGUUGUGGUUGGCGGACGUGUUGCUCCACAAUUAAGAAAUCAUCCCAGCUUAAGAGAUGCGGCCAAAGCCAUGCCUCGGAUCCCUAAAAUCAGCCAACGCCACCCGUCCUCGACAGGGACAGGCCCGUCAGCCCCACAAAGCCGCGACCCACGACUUAUGAUGCUCAAAGCGAGUCAGGUUGAAAGACGUAAGAUGGAUGUCAUGAAGAAGGAAAGCGUCGUCGAACCCAAAAAGAGAAGAACAAACCGUUUUGACGAUUUGUUUGGCAACGAAGACAUUGACCUGAGGAAAGUGCCUGCUGCUCCAGUUGUCCCUGCAGCUCCUGGUGUCGUCAUUCCACCUCCUUUAUCCAGCCGAGAAAGUCCACCUCGAGGAGCUUGGCCCAAGCGAGGCCUUGCUGUUCAACGUGGUCGAGCAGGGUGGUCUGGUCGAGGAGGACGUGGUGGACGUGCUGGUCCUCGAGAGGACGAAGAUAGGGAGCAAGAUGGCAGCGGGUCACCUCGCAACAUGGACUUCAUUUUGGAACAAGCCAAAGAGAAUCAUCGCAACGGUGUUAUCAACGAUGGUGAAUAUAGUACAAUUAUUCGCCAAGUGUUCCAAAUGUCGGAGACAAAGAUGAUUCGGGAAGUUCAGCGCCGUGAAUCGUUUCCUGGCCCUCCAGGCCCACCAGGUCCACCAGGUCCGCAUCCACACCCUAGCAUGGAACAUGACUUUCGUUUCCAGGGCAGAGACAUGCCACCAGGAGGUCCCGGUCCUUAUGGCCUUGAACCUUUUGGUCCUGAACAAGACAGAGGAUGGAACGAUCCGCGUCGUGCAGGUGGAUAUCCAUGCGGACCAUAUCCGCCAGGCCCACCUGGCCCAGGCCCAGGCCCAGGCCGUAUGCAACGUUUUGAUAUGAUCCAGCCACCUCGUGGAAACCUCGGCCCACCUGGUAUGGGCGGACCUCCAGUCAGCUCCGCUUUUGAGGUUCGACCAGACGAAGAUAUGAAAAACAUCCCAAUUGAUAAUGUUCCUCGAGAAAUUCGAUUUUAUGGGGACAAAGCUAUCAUUUUAAUGGCCUCUGAUGACCCACGUCUUCUGGGCUUCCAGACUUGUGUUCGACGCGUCGUAUUUGACAACAUAUUACCUGUGGAUUGUACGGUCGGCAAUGAUUACAUGGAUUUCCACUUCGAUGGACAGCUUCACAAGAUUAAAAUCGGAGCUCCUACCAGAGAGCUGUACAUCGAUGGAAAUUGGUACGAAUGCAUGUUCGGGGGUCCGCCAAUUACGGUUAACCUGAGCGGUAGACCCGUGCAAGCGAUGUUGGAAGGUCCACCGCCUACAGUAAAAAUCGGUACUGAACGUCGAUUGGACCUGUUAGCUGGGCGUGUGACGAUGAUAAUCGAUGCUCACAGUGUUAUCCCUGUUUACUUGGAUCUCAAAUCACAACACUUUGAAAUGGAUGCGAAACGUUUCACUUUGCAAUUCAAAGACGCACUGCGAACGGCCGUAAUUGACGGAAAUCCAUACAGUGUUGAUUUUGGUGGACUGCCAAUGGCUAUUCAUCUUGAUGGCCGGAAGCACUUUGUUCGUUUUUCGUCUCUACCACGAGGUGUCGAACCCGGUCGUGUUUUACAGCCUUUGACACAAAGUGAAGAAAACCGAAGGGUUCUUGAAGAAGAGAAGAGUGCUAGUCAAACUCCUCCCCUCGGCACAGUCAAUAUUGGCGAACUCUUGUCCAAGUUGGUUGCCACCGGCUUAUUACCUGGAAGUGUUCCUGAAGCAGUCAAACCGCCCCCCAUCAAAGAAGAAAUCAAGAAGGAAGAGACUAUGCGAGUUGUUAAUUUGGGUGAUUCCGAGAGCAUGAAAGUUCGACCCAAUGUUGCUGUUUCGAUGCUGUAUAGUGGCAUGCAAUGCGGUAGCUGCGGAUUACGAUUUCCUGCUGAUCAGACAGUUCGCUACAGUACUCAUCUUGAUUGGCAUUUUCGACAAAAUAGACGCGAAAAGGGGGCCUCUAAACGACCACAAAGCCGCAAAUGGUAUUGCAGCGUUUCCGAUUGGAUUCAGUUUGAAGAAACAGAGGGAUCCGAAGAAAAGCGGCUAAAUUGGUUUGAAGCUCAAGCCAAAGAAAAAUCGGAGAAAGACGGGGAGCGUAAUGGCGAAGACUUGACUCCCAGGGAAGAGAGCACUUCGGUUGCGGUGGGCACUGCCCCCGAGGAGAACAAAUGUUUUGUAUGUCACGAGGAACUGGAUGAGUUUUUCCAUGAAGAAAGCGAAGAAUGGCAUUUGAAAGACGCAGUUCGUGUUGAAGGAAUAACCUUCCAUCGUUUAUGCUACCGCGACCAUCUUUCCAACGUGGAAACGGGUGCGUAUUCUCCCUCCGACGCGAUGGAUGAGUACAAAUCGGCUACCGAAGAAGAAAAAUCUGGUAACGAAGAAGACAAAUCUGCCUCGGAUAAUGACGACAAACAGAUUUCAUGCGAUGAAGAAGAAGCUAUCGCAGAAACAAGUGAUAUUACAAAAGAAGAGAUUCAAAAUGAACUUAUUGAUAUGCAAGAAUCUGUUCCAUCGGAGAGCGUGGAAAUACCUUUAGUCAUCAAAACUGAAAAACUCGAAAUUGAACCAAUGGAAGAAUUGCUUGCACAAGACGAAUCUUUGUUGCCCGUUGUCAAAAGUGAACCUGUUGACACAGAGGUGCCAUUCGAAGAUGUUACUUGUGCGCCUGUCAUUCAAACUGAGCUUGCUGUUGAAACGAGUUUGCCGACAAGUGUUAAAAUGGAAUCGAUCGAAGUAGUAGAAAGUGAUUAUUUGCACGAUACAACCAUUCAGGAAGGUGGUCUAACGCCUUACCAGCACAGCGAGACAGACUUCACGAAUGUGUGUAAUGAAGAAAUCGACAAAACAGAGGAAGAAGUACAGGACGCCGCAAUUCUACUCGAUAGUUUGGAUGUGAUGAACGACAACGCAAAUCUAAUUGUUGGCGUGGAAAAAGUAAAUGACGACAGUGACCAACUAGAAGGUCUGGACGAAGUUCUUUCGAGUGUUCAGGAAUCGAUAGAAACUACUGAACUCGCCGAAGCUUUGGAAGAAACAAAUUCUCCAGCUCCAGAUCUUGCUCCCCGAACUGACGAAGAAGUUGAAAGUCGCGACCAGCUUAUUAACGGGGAAACUGCUACGAUUCUCGAUCCUUUAAUUUCCAUUUCUCAGACUCCUACUGUGAAUUCUUCUCUUGAUGGCAAUGUCGAAAUGACCAACAAACAGCCUGCUCCUGCUCCUCAAGCUGGAAUCAAAAUCAAGAUUAAUCUUUUCAACAAGGCGUCGUCAACUAUUUCAUCCACUGCACAGCAGGUUACGCCCCAAAUAUCCUCACAGCCCGAUGCGGGCUUGACUUCUUGUCCUGCAAAUGUCCCAGAUAACAGUAGUAAACUGUUAAUUCCUACUUCUGACGAAAAUUCUUUGACUUACAAGCCGAGGUUGGCUGGCCGAAAAUUAACUGUUCUCCCUCUCAUGACUAAAGGUGUCGAAACCUCUGGACUUUGUUCCAUCAUGUAAAAAAUUUACAAAUCUUUCUUGCGGAAAUUGUUAACCUGAACGAUACGCUGUACAUAUGAAAGCAGGAUGAUUCGAAUAAACGUCUACUUUGUUUA